CGAGAAGGGGGGAGGAGGGUUUAGUCCACGUCCAUCCAUGGAGGCCAUCAUGAAGGAAAAUCUUGAGCAGAUCAAGACAGAGGCAGUGGAUCUGGAGAACAUUCCUAUGGACGAAGUAUUUACCUUCCUCAAAUGCAGUAAGGAAGGCCUCAGCUCCAAUGAAGCCCAGGCACGCGCCGCCAUGUUCGGUCCCAAUAAACUAGAAGAAAGAAAGGAGAACAAGGUGCUGAAGUUCCUGAUGUUUAUGAACAACCCGUUGUCGUGGGUGAUGGAGCUAGCCGCUGUGAUGGCCAUUGCGCUUGCCAACGGCGGCAACAGGCCGCCGGACUGGCAAGAUUUUGUCGGCAUCGUGGUGCUCCUUAUCCUCAACUCCACCAUCUCAUUUAUUGAGGAGAACAAUGCCGGGAGCGCUGCAGAGGCUCUCAUGGCCAACCUUGCGCCUAAGACCAAGGUGUUGCGUGACGGCCGAUGGAGCGAGGAGGACGCGGCGGUCCUCGUCCCGGGUGACAUUAUCAGCAUCAAGCUCGGCGACAUCAUCCCAGCUGACGCUCGCUUGCUCGACGGCGACGCGCUCAAGAUUGACCAGUCGGCACUCACUGGCGAGUGUCUUCCGGUCACCAAGAACCCCGGCAGCAGCGUCUACUCGGGCUCCACGUGCAAGCAGGGCGAGAUCGAGGCCAUUGUCAUCGCCACCGGCGUGCACACCUUCUUUGGCAGGGCGGCGCACCUUGUCGACAGCACCAACCAGGUCGGCCACUUCCAGAAGGUGCUCCAGGCCAUUGGCAACUUCUGCAUAGGAUCCAUCGCCAUUGGCUUAUUCGUCGAGAUCAUCGUCAUGUACGCGGUCCAGCACCGCCAGUACCGUGAAGGCAUCGACAACCUCCUCGUGCUUCUGAUCGGCGGCAUCCCAAUUGCCAUGCCUACGGUGCUCUCCGUCACCAUGGCAAUCGGCUCCCACAGGCUGUCGUUGCAGGGCGCUAUCACCAAGCGCAUGACUGCCAUCGAGGAGAUGGCCGGCAUGGAUGUGCUCUGCAGUGACAAGACCGGCACGCUCACCCUCAACAAGCUCAGUGUCGACCGCAGCCUUGUUGAGAUCUUUGCCGCGGGCGUUGAAAAGGACGAUGUUAUCUUGUUCGCUGCCAGGGCAUCUAGGGUGGAGAACCAGGACGCCAUCGACGCCGCCAUGGUUGGCAUGCUAAGUGAUCCAAAGGAGGCCAGGGAUGGCAUUCAGGAGGUGCACUUCUUCCCCUUCAACCCCGUCGACAAGCGGACAGCCCUCACCUAUAUUGAUCUCGCUGAUGGCAGCUGGCACCGUGUCAGCAAGGGUGCACCCGAACAGAUAUUGGCUCUCUGCAACUGUGGAGAUAAUGUCCAGAACUUGGUUCACACUGUGAUUGACAAGUAUGCCGAGCAUGGUCUUCGAUCUCUUGCAGUUGCAAGACAGCAAGUUCCGGAGAAGUGCAAAGAAAGCCUCGGAGAGCCAUGGGAAUUUGUGGGUCUGCUUCCUCUCCUGGACCCACCGAGGUCAGACAGUUCUGAUACAAUCAUGAAAGCGCUCAACCUAGGUGUCAAUGUGAAGAUGAUCACUGGUGAUCAGCUCGCCAUUGCUAAGGAGACCGGGAGAAGGCUAGGGAUGGGCUCAAACAUGUAUCCAUCAUCGGCUCUGCUUGGGCAGAGCAAAGAUGAAGCCACUGCUUCUAUUCCUGUGGAUGACUUGAUUGAGAAGGCCGACGGUUUUGCUGGCGUCUUCCCAGAGCACAAGUAUGAGAUUGUCAAGAAGCUGCAGGAGAUGAAGCACAUUUGCGGAAUGACCGGAGAUGGUGUGAACGAUGCGCCUGCUUUGAAGAAAGCCGAUAUCGGAAUUGCCGUAGCUGGAGCUACUGAUGCAGCACGGAGCGCCUCUGACAUUGUGCUUACUCAAGAAGGACUCAGUGUCAUCAUUAGCGCUGUGCUCACUAGCAGGGCCAUCUUCCAGAGGAUGAAGAACUACACCAUAUAUGCGGUUUCAAUCACUAUUCGUAUUGUGCUUGGAUUUUUACUGAUUGCACUGAUAUGGAAAUUCGAUUUCUCACCGUUCAUGAUUCUGGUCAUUGCCAUUCUGAAUGAUGGCACUAUCAUGACUAUUGCAAAGGACAGAGUAAAACCGUCGCCACACCCUGAUAGCUGGAAGCUGAACGAGAUCUUUGCCACAGGCGUCGUGUAUGGAGCUUACAUGGCAGUAAUGACUGUCGUAUUCUUCUGGGCCAUGAGAAGCACCGACUUCUUUUCUAACACUUUCCACGUGAGAUCUCUGCGCGGCAGCACCGAGGAGAUGAUGUCUGCCCUGUACCUGCAAGUGAGCAUCAUCAGCCAGGCCCUCAUCUUCGUGACGCGGUCGCGCAGCUGGUGCUUCACCGAACGCCCCGGCUUCUGGCUGUGCGCAGCGUUCGUCAUCGCGCAGAUCGUUGCCACUCUGAUUGCAGUGUUGGCCAACUUUGGAUUUGCCCACAUCAGAGGAAUCGGAUGGGGAUGGGCGGGCGUCAUCUGGCUCUACAGCCUCGUCACCUUCGUGCCCCUGGACCUGUUCAAGUUCGCCAUCCGCUACGUGCUGAGCGGCAGGGCCUGGAACAACCUCCUGCAGAACAAGACGGCCUUCACGACCAAGAAGAACUACGGCGGGGAGGAGCGCAAGGCGCAGUGGGCGACGACGCAGCGCAGCCUGCACGGCCUCCCUACGACCACCGAGGCCGAGGCCGCCGGCGCCGGCGGCGGCGGCAACCACGCGGCGGAGCUGUCGGAGAUCGCCGAGCAGGCCAAGCGGCGAGCCGAGUUCGCGAGGCUGUGCCAGAGGAACACGCUGAGGGGCCAACUGGAGUCGUCGGCGAGGCGCAGGGGGAUCGACAUCAACGCGGUCAGGACGCCCUACUACAGCGUGUAAAACGUACGAACGUGAGCGACUGGGCGUCGUCGUCGCUU